AUGUCAAACAACAAAAUGAAGGGCCUUUUAAAAGGCUUAAGAUACAUUUCUCAAAUAUUCGAUAAUGACGGGAAGGAGCCUGAAAUGCAGAUUGGUUAUCCCACAGAUGUAAAACAUGUUGCCCACAUAGGAUGGGAUGGUCCCUCUAUAAAUUCACCGAGCUGGAUGACCGAGUUUAAAUCUCCACCAGAAUUCUCUUCGGCUCCCUUAAGUCUUGAUCAAGACUCGAAGGAGGAAGGUUCUGUGAAAUGGGUGUCUGAAGGUUCAAGUCGAAAAGGUUCACGGGCACCAAAUUCUCCACCAGGGGCGCCUGGUUCUCCAGUAGGAUCACAAAAUUCCCCAGCUCGGGACUUGCCUGAAUUGCCGAAAUCAUCUAGACGGCGUUCAUCGACCGGUACAUCAGCUGAAUCUCCAAGCAAGGAAAAAUCAGAUAAACCUAAACAAUCUAGGCGGUCUUCACGAAAUGGCACCAAAGAUUUAUUGGAUGGUUCUAAAACAAGUCGAAAUCAUAAGGAUCCUAGUGUAGAGAAUGAGCGACCCUCAGAUUUACCUGAAAUACCAAAGAAAACUCGGAGAAAGAAAUCGAAAGAUGCCUCUGUUGGGGGGUCUUCAUCAAGAUCAAGAUCAAGAUCUAAAGUCCCAGCUUCGGAGGGGGAUGAGGGAUCAGAAAUGAUAUCCAAAUCUAGUAACAGUGGUGAGCAAGUUCAAACCAGAGCUUUAAGUCCUUCAUGGGAUGGUGAAGAGAGUGGAUUUAGUGGAAUUUCUUGA